AAGCUGGAGAGGCGUGCUCCGCCUCGGCCACGCCCAGCGCGCGGGUCGCGGCCGGGCGAGCCAUGCCUCCGAAGGGGGUGAAGAAGCAUAUCAAGAAGGCCCAGCGCGUCGAGAGUGGCGACGGGGGCUCUGGGCUGCGCCGCUCCAAGACCGUGGAGCAGAUCUACCAGAAGAAGACUCCCGUGGAGCACGUCCUCCUACGCCCGGACACCUACGUGGGUUCCGUGGAAAAGCAGGACGACAGCCUGUGGAUCUGGGACAGCAAGAAGGGGGAGAUGGACUUCCGCAGCGUCACCUACGUGCCGGCCCUCUACAAGAUUUUCGACGAGAUAUUGGCGAAUUCUGAGGGCAACCUGCAGCGCGACAAGACCAUGAACUACAUCAAGGUUGAGGUCGAUACGAAGCAGAAGCGCAUCAAGGUCACCAACAAUGGCAAGGGGCUGCCCAUAGCGAUUCACAAGAAGCACAAGGUGUACGUGCCUGAGCUUGUCUUCGGGCGCCUGCUCACUUGCGACAACUACGACGGCUACAGGACUGGGACAAGGGCUGGGACAAGGGUCAGUGAUCCUGCAGGACUGUCGGAUAAUUCGUUGGAAAUGGCGACUUCAGAGGUGCUGGAGGCGGGCUCUGGGUACAUGGUCGACAACACCGACACAGGCACCGACGCCAGCCCAGACACCAACAUCAUCGACGCCAGUAUCGCCGACGCCGGCAGCGACGCCAGCAUCACCAACGCAGGAAUGCCGCCCUUCGUGAAGACGCUGAAGGGGAACACCCAGCUGGAGGAGGACCAGGACUGGUCGCUGAUAGCGGUCCACGAGGCGUUGGCGGCGGACUCCGCGCAACGGCCGGGGGACUCCUCCAUAUUUGAAGCGGGUUCCGGAGCGGUGAAGGGGUGCAACCACCAGCCCACCGAGACCUGGAAGGGCGCCCCGCAGGACUACCAACACAUCAGCAUCGACACCAGCAUCGCAGGCUACCACGACAAACGCAACGCCCAGAAAAACCACGACGCCCACGACCACGGCAACCACGGCACCUUCGACAACCUCGACAGCCCGGACGCUCACGACGAGCAAGACGACCACGACCACGACAACGAUGACAAGGACAUCCACGACGACCACAACCCACAAAGUCCACACCAACAGCAUGUCGAGGAGCAGCACGGCGAGGAUCAGCAGCCGAGGAUGGGCUGGCAUCCCCCAGAGCGGCAGCGACAGCAGCCGCCUCCGGCGCAAGCCGCCAGCACCCACGGCUGCAUUGACGACGGUUCCACCGCCAUGCGACUGCAUCGACACCUGCACGUGGCACCAACGCCAGCACCCGUCCACGAGCGCAACGGCGACGCCACCCUUCACGACGGCACCCCUCAGACCAACGCCGCCGUCCUGCCCCACGACGCUCUCCACGCCGCUGCUGUUGCCGACAUUGGGCUCGACUUGCUGUGCUGUGUUGCUUGGACUGGGGGCCCCAUCGAAAACCGCAACACGGUCCAAGAGAACGUCCAGGACAUCCCCCACGACACCCAUGACGACCAAGAAGACGCGGACGACAACAUCGACGUCCACCACGACUCCCACGAGGACCUGGACAUCCACCACAGCAUGCACCACGACAUCCACGUCGACCAGGAGGAUACAAGCGACCACAACAUCCACCACAACAUCCACGAUGACCAGGGGCAGGCCUGUGGAAACCAGCAGCAGCAGUACCUCAAGCCGCACGACGGCGAGCAACAGCUCGAGGAACAGCACGGCGACAGCCGGCGCGCCGAGCUGCUCCGCAUCCACUCCAACACGGACGCUCCCACCUCCAACUUCUGCCAGCGGCAAUUGCCUGGGCCGAGCCCGGGACUAUUGCCGAGAACUUCGGCCACAACCCACAGCCGCGGAAGCGCGCAGCUCUUCGUGAAGACGCUCACGGGGAAGACGAUCACAAUCGACGUGGUGACCGCUGAUACGAUCCGCAGAGUGAAGGAGACGGUCCAGGACAAGGAGGACACCCCUCCGGCUCAGCAACGCCUGAUCUUUGCGGGAAAGCAAUUGGACGACAGCCAAACGCUCUCGGACGACAACGUCCAGACCCCGUCGGGGAGGCGGGCGGCCAUAAGCGUCGCGGGCAGCGUAUGCGACAUCCAGAAGCACACCACCUUGCACUUGGUACUGCACCUGAUGGGGGGAGGCCCGGCCAGCUUACUUACGGCGCUGCACUCCUGCCAGCACAGCGCGUGCCCGCUCUUCGGCGCCGCGGCUCCAGGAUGCACUUCUCCAGCAGAGGUCCUGGACAUUUGGGGCCACGAGCUCAUGGAGGAACGCUCCGGCCCGGCAAUCAUCGUGGACUUCUACGGUACGGAGGAGUUGAGCGUCCAUGGCAUGCUCAGGAAUCUGGCGCUCCCUGGCUUGAUUCGUUGGGAUGGCCCGCGGCGCAGUCUUGGCAGCAAGGGCCCGGUACAGCGACUCUACUUCGCUGGGUUCUUUGACGAGCGCUACGUCACGGACCUGGACAUACGACUAUAUGUGGACCACUUGAGGAACCAGGACCCAUUAAGCAAGGCACUCAUCGGGCGACGUGCGCUGUACACAGACCGCACGGCCGUGGUGGUCGACAUGGGGUCGCCGACGUCACUUGUGGCCAUGAGCGACUGGGUGGACGAGGUGGUGCUCGUCUCGGCACGUCGGGCAUUGCUCGCGACAACGCGGUCGGCGGAACACUGGGCCCAGGAGCUCAGCGACCAGAACACGGUCACCCCGCAGAACACACGCCUCAUUACGGUCCAGUGCGGCACGAUUGACGACCUGAAUCAGCUUUACAAUUUCGUGCACAAUACCAGCAUGGAGAUCGACGGCAUGCCGUGCUUGGUCGAAGUCGAGAAUCUGCAUCACGACGCCCCUCCAGCACCCCCCAACCCAACCUACACUGCCGCUCCAUCCCCGGAGCCCCCCCUCGAGGUGGCCAUGGACGGAGGCUACCGAGGCGCUUAUUGGAACUCCCAGGCCCACUUCGCAACCGACCCCAACGCUCAGCAGGACAAGCAGCGACAUGCAUGGAACCUGUUACAAAAACACGACUUCAUUGGAUUGGGUGAAACUCACAGCGCACUGGGCCAUGUGACGGCAGCCGCGCUACCACCACAUACUCGUGCCUUCUGGUCGCGCCAUCACACUCGACGGACUGCGGGUAUUGGCUUCUUCCUGACGGACUACUUCCUCCGCUCGUUCAACCCGGUGCGGCACGAGGACUGGGCUGAAAUUUCUCGAGGCCGCCUGGCGACCUUAUCGUUGCGGGGACCCAACGGUGCGCUGGACAUCGUCGUGGCGUACUUCCCCGCCGGUCACGACGAAGCAGAGGCUCGACGACAGCGCAUCCAGGACCUCGCGAACCAGAUCGCCGACGCGGACUCGACGCUCACACUCCUCAUGGGAGAUUGGAACUUCGUGACGGAGGCGGAGGACCGCUGGCGCAAGCAAUCGGGGCAAUGGACUGGCGCCGCUGACCACAGAGUGGCGGGAGAUUGGGAUAGCCACCUGGCAUGCCGGCACGGCUUCCACGAGCUGCGCCAACCACUUCUUACAUGCGAGUCCGGACGUGCCCUUUCACGCAUCGACCGCGUCUACUCCAACCACCAUUGUUCCGACCAGCUGGACCGACAUUACUCCGCAACCGCUCUCCCGCACACGCUUAGGAUAUUGAAGCAGUGCAUGACACGAGUAGCUACGAAGAUGCACCAGGAAGGACUCGACGCCCCCUCCGACGACCCGCAGGAAUACCUGCGCGACAUGCUGCGCCAUCUGGAUCUACCGGCGUCGGCCCGGAGCUUUGUGAAGCACUUGUACGACAAUAGCAGGUGCCAGAUUGUGAGUCAAGGAGAAACACUGCCAGGAUUUCCCUUGACAGUAGGCGUCCGGCAGGGAUGUCCCUUGCCCCCUCUACUGUACGCCAUCUGCGCGGAGCGGUUGUUGGGCAAGAUUCAAGCGAUUUGCCCAGGCAUCCUGGUUCAUGCGUAUGCGGAUGACACCGCCGUUGUUUCGACAAACCUCUGGGAGGACGCGCCCCGACUGGCGACCCUGUUCGACGAGUUCGCAGCAAUAUCUGGACUACGACUCAAUUUGCAGAAGACGGUCGUUAUACCACUAUUCGCGUCCCCGCUACCGACGGUGCGGUCGCGCCUCGACGCGCUGAUCCCGGGUUGGUCUACCACCCAACGGGCGCUUGCAGGGAAAUACUUGAGCUUCUAUGUGGGACCGGACAGCCGGGACUUGCUCUGGAAGGACCCAGAGGCGAAAUUUCGGCAGCGUGCCUCGCUGUGGGCGAACCACCCGCUUGGACUGCACUGCUCAGCACUAGCUUACAACACGUUUGCGAUAUCGGUAUUGGGCUUCGUGGCGCAACUCAGCGAGCCGACGGGGGACGCCUUCAACGGAAUUCGGGAACUCCAGGGGACCUUUGGUGGCUUCAGCAUUCCUACCAUUUCCCCAGCGCUUUCCGACGUCUUCGAUUUGCCGCUCAAGCAGCACAAUUACGAAUCACUACUGGAGACUUCCGACCGCUUGCAAGAGCGAGCCAUUUGGGAUCGAUGGUUUCAGCACUCCUACCACCUCCGAUUGGACAACAACUUUUCGGACAUGACGGCAACUUUGGGGACGCCCGACGAGUUGCACCGCUCCGUGGCACCGACGCGCCCCGCCCCCUACGCCGAGAAGGAUUGGAGCCACAUUCGCGCCCGUUUCCAAGCCACCGUGUCUGCUCGAUUAUUGCAGGCGCACGCGCCGCCGGCCGAGUUUCGC